AUGGGGUUGAUGAGGGCCAUUCAUAUCUACCUUGUGCACUCCGCCAACGUCGGCAUCUACAGCGAAUGGCACCCGAUCAUCUCAUACAUCAAGGUUCUGCUCGGAAUACCCAUGAUGCAGUAUAUGGUCGAUUUCUGCCAGAAGCACAUCACAGAGAGGCUUGACGCCACGAAAUUUGAGACUAGAGUAACAAGACAAGAUGAUGAUUUCUUAGCCAAGCUUCUCACACUGCAUUCUGGGGAUCCCGUCAAGUUCACCAUCUAUCACGUCUUGAUGUCGUGUUUCACCAAUAUUGGCGCCGUCUCAGAUACCACCUCCAUCAGUAUGGCUGCCGUUAUGUAUCACUUGAUGAAGAAUGCGGAGGCGAUAGUUGGAGUAAACUCUUGGGUAGCUCACCGCAAUAAGGAUGUGUUCGGAGCGGACGCGGACACCUACCGUCCAGAGCGCUGGCUUGAAAGUGCCAAACGGGCUUCUAAAAUGGAGAAGUAA